AUGGCUCGGAAUUGGUAUCGGUGAAGGGAUGUCUGGAUAUUUGAUGGUAGCUUGGCUCAAUAACGAUGGUACAGUCACUCUUUCACAACGUUCAGGUGGUAUGCCCGAUGAACCCAAAGCGACAAAUUACCAAAGCGAUCUACAAUUGGUACCAAACAAAACAAGUGGACUUAUCAAUAAUAGAUUAGUGAUAUAUUUUAGACGCCUUCAAACAGUUAGGGAUAGCAUUAUAAAUGAAACUCAAAAUUUUGCAUGGGCCUACUGCACUACUCGACCGAGUGGUAAUUAUCCAAAUUCGACCAUUACAAAACAUACGUACAGGGAUAAUGUGGCUUUAAAUCUGGUAAAUUCGGGUGUGGAGACCUCAUCGAAUUCAUCUGAUACCUAUAUUAAAUUGAUAAUUUCUCAUGCUAUUAUAAUGUUUUUGGCCUGGAUGGUAUUUUUACCAGCUGCUGUGUUUGUAGCCAGAUUUGCAAGAAACCUGUCAUUUUGGGUCCGAUUGCAUUGGGGUAUUCAAAUUUUCCUUGUAGUCCCUCUUGUUAUUGCUGGCAGUGCAAUUGUUUAUGUUGCCGUAGGAGGUUACCAAACUAGUGAUCCUCACAAGAUUCUUGGUUUGGUUCUUUUUAUUUGCUUGUUCGCUCAAAUAACUAUUGGUAUAAUUCACCACAAAUUGUAUGACCCUUAUCGAAAAUACACCCCUUGGUGGACUCAUCUUCAUAGAUGGUUAGGUCGCGCAAUUGUGGUCUUGGCAAUAUUUCAAGUUCCACUGGGUUUAUCACUUUAUGGAGCUCAAAU